AUGUUCCAGUGCUCUUCAUUUAACCAAGCUUUCCUUUCUCAACUUCAAGUCGCUAAAAUUCAAUUAAAGUAUACACGCAAGAACCGGCCCGAAUACUUCGACGUACCCGCUACUUCUUGUCACCUACAGCCUAACAUCUAUUGGAAGCCGGUGUGGGUGAAUGCCUACAUCAAAAGUGUUCACCUUGGCAUGACAGAUUAUGUAGUUAGACCAAAGCGUAGGAGGAAUGGCGCGUUCAAGGCCGUAGAUCCUUGCCUUGGUUAUUACAUCCCACUGCCGCGGGAUACCCAUCCAGGUCCAGAAACUAUGAGGCAGCUGCCAGAUGGUGGAUCGAAUCGUGAAAUGGAAAAGAAGGCUGAGACAGCUGCGACCGGCGGCAAGAUGGCGGUGGAUGAGUUGGACGUGGGCCCUGACGUAGACUCGUUAUCCUGCGCUGACGAAUUGGACCGCUUGCACCGACAAGAGAAUCGCGACUAUGGCAGUGGUUCGGAUUCAGACGGGCAUACUGUAACACGCAGCCGCUGUCGCAAUCGAAGGCGCAUAGUCGCUUCUCCGCCGUCUUCUCCCAGUUCAUCUUUACAAUGGGCGAAUGCAGACUGGGCGAUCCUCAUUCCUGGACCCGUUGCCGCAUUGAGUCGAGACGUCAAUCGUACUCGUCCACAUCAAGCCAGUGGCACUAGCUCUCCGAAGCCUUACGACCACGUCCAAAAGGAGCCACAAUCAGAGACCCUUACGGUUGAGGCAUUCUUGAAGCGGUCGGCACAAAAGACGUACACCAGCAAGCGGAAGCGUGGAAGGCAAAAGAGGGUACUUCAUACGAAACUGAUUGCCGGGGGAUUGGAAUCUGAAGCGCACGAGGAGCAACAUAAUCGCGAAGAUGAAAGGGACAAUGAGAACGUGUACCUGAACGCGAAUACAAUCCAAUUGCGUUCAAGAGAAAUAAUAAGAGCACUAUCUCCCACUUCUCCUGGCUUCUCGUCUGAUAUCUCGUCCGAUAUGGAGACAGAGACGGAAAGGCUUUCAGGUAGCCGAAACUCGUCUUCUCCUUCCUCGAAGACGAAGAAAUAUACAAAGUCUAAGAAAACGUCAAAGAAGAAAUCCAAGUCACUGAGGAAGCGCAUAUAUGAAGCUGCGAUAUCCACACAUGUUGAUCCAGAUCCAUAUUUUGCGUGUUCCCAAAAAGCAGGAAGCGUUUCGACGCGAAUACCUUUACGAUUUGUCCCUGGUGUACAUGUAGGGUCAAUAGGUGGUUCUGAAACCCACUCUUCGAAGCGUGUAAUGAAGAUGAAGAAACGCAGCUUUACUCUCAUCGACCCUCGCAAAUCUGUGGGCAUACGCACCGCGGCGUUCUCGUCGAAAAUCAGGCCGCCCAAUUUGGCGUUCAAUAACGUCCAGAAUGUGUUGCCGUCAAACAGUAGAAUGACUGGCAAAAAAACCCAGGGAAAAUGGAAGUGGGAUCCACAGCUUGGUGCACCUAUGAUUGGUCCGAAACAACAAUUUCUCGAAUCAAAGGUUGAAGCAAAGAAAGAACGAAUCAAGCAAGAUGUACCCGAGACAAAACCUGGAAUCAGUCCACUAGUAUUUAUACCUAUGCUAGAAGCAGAAGCGAGCUAUUCUUCUUUGUUUCGUGGACGAGGAGCCCGACCAGCAGAAAUGGCACAGCCGGAGAAGAGGUCUAGGCUGAAAACUGGACCCGUGAAAACUCAGGCCAAUAGAUCCUCGAGCAAAGGAACCGAGUGA